CCACGGCCUAGCAACCGUUGCCAAGGAGCUCGACUCUAGGAGCGGUCUAGAGCCCGGGCGCCUCCUGGGGGGUGGGGAAACGGUUUCGUGAGGAAAUUUGAGUAACCUCGCCAACUCGCCGUCGGAAGCGCCUCUGAUCCCCGAAAUAGGAGAGAGCUCCCGUCCUCUCUGUCCUGAUGCAGCACCUCGCAAGUGGAAGGGGCCGUCGCGGUUAAGCCCCCGGAUAGGGGAUCGGGCCCCUGCUGGGAUUCGCGCGGUUCCAGGCCGCUCCCUGGCGGGAUGAACUGUCUAGGGGCCCAGGGCAGCCCCCUUUAGAGGCCUGGUUGGGUGUGGGGUCCCCUGUCCCCCGUCCCGAGCCCGGGGAGGGGGACACUAUUUCUGGUACUCCCAGGAGACUGCGGGUCGACGCUCGUGCCACCCUGGGACCCAGGCAGCACGAUUUCUGUCCCAAAUUGUGCCAGAGAACACGCACGACCUGGUUUUCAUUGUACCCCGCCCCCUGCGACUCGUUUGUGGUUAAAAUUAUAAGACCUAAUUAUGAGUGAUCAAAUUAAAUUCAUUGUGGACAGUCUCAAUAAGGAGCCCUUUAAGAAGAACUAUAAUUUAAUCACGUUUGAUUCCUUGGAGCCAGUGCAACUAUUACAAGUUCUCAGUGAUGUUCUGGCUGAGAUUGACCCAAAGCAACUUGUGGAUAUCAGAGAGGAGAUGCCAGAGCAGACAGCCAAACGAAUGUUGAGCCUUCUUGGUAUUCUUAAGUACAAACCUUCAGGAAAUGCCACAGAUAUGAGUACUUUUCGUCAGGGUUUGGUGAUUGGAAGUAAACCUGUAAUUUACCCAGUGCUCCACUGGCUUCUUCAGAGGACUAAUGAACUGAAGAAAAGGGCAUAUUUAGCUCGUUUUUUAAUAAAACUUGAGGUACCAAGUGAGUUUCUUCAGGAUGAAACUGUGGCUGACACCAAUAAACAGUAUGAAGAGUUAAUGGAAGCCUUUAAAACUUUGCAUAAAGAAUAUGAGCAGCUCAAGACAUCUGGAUUUUCUACAGCAGAAAUAAGAAAGGAUAUCAGUGCAAUGGAAGAAGAAAACGAUCAGCUCAUUAAGAGAGUUGAACAUUUGAAGAAAAGGGUGGAGACAGCUCAGAAUCAUCAAUGGAUGCUUAAAAUAGCAAGGCAACUUCGAGUUGAAAAAGAGACAGAAGAAUAUCUUGCACAACAGAAACAGGAACAAAAGAAUCAGCUAUUUCAUGCAGUGCAAAGAUUGCAAAGAGUACAAAACCAGCUGAAAAGCAUGUGCCAAGCUGCAGCAGAUGCAAAGCCUGAAAGUUUAAUGAAGAGGCUAGAGGAGGAGAUAAAAUUUAAUUUAUAUAUGGUAACUGAAAAAUUUCCUAAAGAAUUAGAAAAUAAGAAAAAGGAAUUACAUUUUUUACAAAAAGUAGUUUCAGAGCCAGCUAUGGGCCAUUCUGAUCUUCUUGAACUUGAAUCUAAAAUAAAUGAAAUAAACACAGAAAUUAACCAGUUGGUUGAAAAGAAAAUGAUGAGAAAUGAGCCCAUUGAAGGCAAACUCUUACUGUAUAGGCAACAGGCAUCUAUCAUUUCCCGUAAAAAAGAAGCCAAAGCUGAGGAACUUCAGGAGGCCAAGGAGAAGUUAGCCAGCCUAGAGAGAGAAGCAUCAGUAAAGAGAAAUCAGACCCGUGAAUUCGAUGGUACUGAAGUUUUAAAGGGAGAUGAGUUCAAACAAUAUGUCAAUAAACUUCGAAGCAAGAGUACAGUUUUCAAAAAGAAGCAUCACAUAAUAGCUGAACUUAAAGCUGAAUUCGGUCUUUUGCAGAGGACUGAAGAACUUCUUAAGCAACAUCAUGAAAAUAUUCAACAACAACUGCAAACUAUGGAGGAGAAAAAGAGUAUAUCUGGAUAUAGUUACACCCAAGAAGAGCUGGAAAGAAUAUCUGCACUGAAGAGUGAAGUUGAUGAAAUGAAAGGACGAACAUUGGAUGAUAUGUCUGAAAUGGUGAAAAAGCUGAAUUCAUUGGUAUCUGAAAAGAAGUCAGCUCUUGCCUCAGUUAUAAAAGAGCUGCGAUGGUUGCGUCAAAAAUGUGAAGAACUGACCCAGGAGUGUGAUGAAAAGAAAUCGCAGUAUGAUAGCUGUGCAGCAGGCCUCGAAAGCAAUCGGUCCAAAUUAGAACAGGAAGUUAGAAGACUCCGUGAAGAAUGUGUUCAAGAAGAAAGUAGAUACCAUUAUACAAAUUGUAUGAUUAAGAACCUAGAAGUUCAACUUCGCCGUGCUACUGAUGAGAUGAAGGCAUAUAUCUCUUCUGAUCAACAAGAAAAAAGAAAGGCAAUUAGGGAACAGUAUACCAAAAAUAUUGCUGAACAAGAAAACCUUGGAAAGAAACUUCGGGAAAAACAAAAAUUUGUACGAGAAAGUCAUGGUCCAAAUAUGAAACAAGCAAAAAUGUGGCGUGAUUUGGAACAAUUAAUGGAAUGUAAGAAACAGUGCUUUCUGAAACAACAAAGCCAAACUUCCAUUGGUCAGGUAAUUCAGGAGGGAGGAGAGGACCGGCUAAUACUGUGAAUUCUUGUGUCAUCGUUUGGGGUUUUACUUGAUACCACUAGCUAUAAGCCUAAUCUCAUAACAUAUUUCUUUUUUGAAACUGAUUUGUAUAGCAUUUUGUUUUCAGAUGAGCCAUUCUUUAUUAAGUUUUCAUAGAAAAUAAUGUUGAGGUAGAUUUAGUUUUAAUGUUUUUUCACAUGAAAAAGAGGCUUUUAUUAUUUUCCAUAGUUUAGACAUCACUGGCAUCUUCUGAGUUUUAUGAGACAGGAAACUAAGUUUACUAUCUGUAAAUGUAAACGUAUGUCCAUUAAGAAACAUGUAGUUUUUUUAGAAUGUAAUAACCCAAUGGCUUACUGUUUUUCUUAAUCUCUUUUAAAAAAACUUUAGAAGAAUCUUUUAGGAACGAAUAUCUCUUGUUUUGAAGAAACAUUUAUCUGAAGUUUAGCAGUUCCUACAGUUUCACUUCAGUUUAUUUUUCUUCUGUAAAAUGCAAGAAAAUUUAAUAUUUUGACUAACAUGUUUAUUCUGUUUGUAUAAUUUAAAGGCAAAUAAACUUGGUACGUAUUUCAUGUCUAUUUAAAAAAUGUA